CGUCUUCCGGGGUCUGAGUCCGGUCCCCAGAACUCCCUGGGCGGGGCCACGCCCUAGUGCCCGCCCAUCACGGUCCAUAUGCACAUAUUCACCGCCCCACCCAAUCAGCUCCCGCGGGGGCGGGGCCGCCCAUUCUGGAGGCACCUGUGGCCGCGCCGCGCUCGGAGCGCUUUGCUGCGGCUGCCAGACCCGUCCGCGAGCGUCCAGAGGGCCCCGGGCCCAGCAGGCCAAGGUAGCUCCACCCAGCCUGGCACAAUGGGGAGGAAAAAAAUCCAGAUCUCACGCAUUCUGGACCAAAGGAAUCGGCAGGUGACAUUUACGAAGCGGAAGUUCGGGCUGAUGAAGAAGGCCUAUGAGCUGAGCGUGCUCUGCGACUGUGAGAUCGCCCUCAUCAUCUUCAACAGCGCCAAUCGCCUCUUCCAGUAUGCCAGCACAGACAUGGACCGCGUGCUCCUGAAGUACACGGAGUACAGCGAGCCCCACGAGAGCCGCACCAACACCGACAUCCUCGAGACACUGAAGAGGAGGGGUGUGGGCCUCGAUGGACCAGAGCUGGAGCCCGAUGAAGGGCCUGACGGGCCAGGAGAGAAGCUGCGGAGGUUGGCAGGUGACGGGGGUGACCCAGCCUUGCCCCGGCCCCGGCUCUAUCCUGCAGCCCCUACGAUGCCCAGCCCGGACAUGGUAUAUGGGGCCCUGCCUCCCCCAGGCUGCGACCCCAGUGGGCUUGGGGAGGCCCUUCCUGCCCAGAGCCGCCCAUCCCCUUUCCGGCCAGCAGCCCCCAAAGCUGGGCCCCCAGGCCUGGCACACCCUCUCUUCUCACCAAGCCACCUUGCCAGCAAGACACCACCGCCCCUGUACUUAGCAGCGGACGGGCGGAGGCCUGACCUGCCUGGAAGCCUGGCGGGGGCCCGAGGGGGACUAAGCACCUCAAGAGGCCUCUACGGUAGCCUACAGAGUCCAUGCUCCGCCACAGCUCCAGGACCCCCACUCGGGAGUUUCCCCUUCCUCCCGGCAGGUCCCCCAGAAUAUGGUCUGGGAGACCCCCCUCCGCCCCCUGGCCUGCUUCAGCCCCCCACCCUGGCCCCCUGGCAGCAUUCGAGGGGUGAUGGGCCCCCAGCCGCCCCACCCCAGCCCAGUGGGAGCCGUAGCCUGAGUGAGGAGGGUCCCCCCGCCCGUGGCGCCUCCCCGCCGACCCCCCCAGUCAGCAUCAAGUCCGAACGCCUGUCGCCGGCCCCCGGGGGCCCCGGCGACUUUCCCAAGACUUUCCCCUAUCCCUUGCUCCUGUCACGGCCCCUGGCAGAGCCCCUACGGCCCGGGCCCCCCCUGCGCCGGCUGCCCACAGCCGACGGCUGGGCUCGAUAGUGGACCCAGGGAUGGCACCAGUCCUUCCUCCCACGCAGGGCUGGGUGAGGGCACGUGGGGUCCCAGUCUCCCUCCCCGCCUCGUUAGAGAAGAGCCAGCAGUUACGUCCUUCCAAAGUGAGGGCCUGGAGUUCGGAUCCACGGUCGGGGGGCUCCCUUCUCCCUUUCCUGUGUGUGUAUCCACCAAUAAAACGCUCAUGGUGUCCAUGGACGAAACUAGCUGUCGCUGCUCAGAGCCACCACCACAUGCGGGUCCUCCCAUCUGUUCCCAAGAAAUCUCAGUCUUGCCUUGUCACGGUUUGGGGUACCCCCCUCCAGAAUCCUAUCCUGAGACUAGGAUUCGAAGGUGGGUAUCCCGGAGGAAGGCAGUUGAGGGUUAGGGAUGUGACAGAGAGGAGCCCUGCAGGGGGCGCCAGCAAGCAGGUGACUCCGUGGGCGUCGCUGCCCACCUC